AUGAGCGGCAACGACAUUCUAUUCAAGACCUGCGCCCUGGUGGGAGCUGGAACGCUUGCAUCUCUAGGCCUUGGACUCUUAUCGGCCGUCCGUUACCAACUUCAUCGCUCGACCUUGCAUCGCUAUCGUCACGGAAAGGAACCCUGGGUGUUGGUAACUGGUGCCAGUGAUGGCAUAGGGCUUGCUUUCGCGCAUCAGUUCGCGCAAAGUGGCUUCAAUGUCAUUCUUCAUGGUCGGACCGAGGCCAAGUUGAAACGAAUCCAGGCCGAGUUCGAACAGAAGUACAGUGAUAGAAUAUUCAAGAUAUUUGUUCUUGACGCGACCACGCCUCCGGGGCCAGAGUUUGACCGCGCUGUUCUCGAUGCUGUCAAGGACCUCCGUCUGACUGCAUUGGUUCAUAAUGCUGCUGGCUCGGGUGGAAGUCAGGUAGAGGCGAACGUCAUUGAAGAUGUUACGUCUCGAGAAAUCGAGGGUUGGAUUAACGUCAAUGUUCGAUUCAUGUCGCAUCUAACCCGCCUUCUACUCCCGAUCCUACUUCAGAAUCAACCAGGUCUCUUGAUCUUCAUGAGCAGUGCCGCUGCGGAUUUUACCACCCCCAAUUUCGGACUAUACACAGGUGCAAAAGCCUUUGUUGAGGGAUUUUCUCGAGUCUUGGCCUUGGAGAUGAAAGUCAAGGGUCAUGACUUGGAGGUCAAAACGAUCUCCACAGGCAUGGUGGCAACGGCUUCUUCAGGCUGGAGUGAAAAGGAUAUUUCCUUCUCGAGACCAAGUACUACUGAUUUUGUCAAGUCAACACUGAAGACGAUCGGCUACAACAGCGUGAAGGUUACGCCAUAUAUUGGACAUAGACUCCAGUUCGCAUUCUUUAACAGCUUGCCAUCUUGGGCACAGGAGAAAAUGGUGAUGUCCUCUGGACAGAAAGUCAGAGACAAAAUGGCUAAGAGGAACUGA